AUGUCUCGGCCGGAAACUGGCGCAAACGCCUCCUCCUGGGUCGCUGCUUCCCGGCGGGAUGAGGCACUGCUUCGGGCUCCAAAUACGAGGUCGGCGGAGGCGCUGAGCCAAGGCGCUGGAAGAGGCCAGAGGACCUGCGCGGGUGGAGGCCGGAGGGGCUCCUUUGGCCUCCAGCAGCCUGAGGGCACGGGUAUUGGAGAACCGCCGCUCUCCUUCAAGCUGAAGAACAACUGCGUGGGCGCCAUGAUCGGUCGUGGUGGGUCAAACAUAAAAGAGAUCCAGAGCUCAACAUACACGAAAAUACAGAUAAUAAGAGAGUAUCCUGAAGCAGAAGUAAGUAUCUUUGGCACCAAGGCAAUGCAGAGCAAAGCAAAAACAGUGAUAGAUGAUGUUGUUAAAAAAACAAGAAGACUUUCGGAUGGAAAAGAUACAAUAAAGGAUGUUUCAGGAGAGCAGAAAUUAAUUGAUUGGGAUAAAGUCCGAGAAAACAUUUUGAAAUGGAAUGAGAAAAAGUGGGCAGAUUUGCCUCCAGUUAAGAAAAACUUUUACAUAGAGUCAGAAAAAACAAGUUCAAUGUCACAAGAACAAGUAGACAAUUGGAGGAAGGAAAAUUAUAAUAUAAUUUGUGAUGAUUUGAAAGAUGUUGAGAAACGUCCUCUUCCUAACCCUACUUGUAAUUUUGAGGAUGCAUUUCACUGUUACCCUGAAGUUAUGAGAAAUCUUCAAAAGGCAGGUUUUCAAAAGCCAACACCAAUUCAGUCACAGGCAUGGCCAAUCAUCCUACAAGGAAUAGAUCUGAUAGGAGUAGCCCAGACUGGAACAGGGGAGACAUUGUCCUACUUAAUGCCUGGAUUUAUUCAUAUUGACUCCCAAUCUGUGAAUGGACCUGGCAUGUUAGUCCUCACCCCAACUCGCGAGUUGGCUCUGCAGGUGGAUGCCGAGUGCUCUGAAUACUCAUACAGAGGUCUUAAAAGUGUUUGUAUAUAUGGUGGUGGCGAUAGAGAUGGACAAAUAAAAGAUUUAUUGAAAGGUGUAGAUAUUAUCAUCGCCACUCCUGGAAGACUCCAUGACCUACAGAUGAAUAACUUUGUGCACCUGAAAAGCAUAACCUACCUGGUAUUAGAUGAAGCUGACAAAAUGCUGGAUAUGGGAUUUGAACCCCAGAUAAUGAAGAUUUUAUUAGAUGUACGCCCAGACAGGCAGACAGUUAUGACAAGCGCAACAUGGCCAUAUGCUGUUCGUAGACUUGCACAAUCUUACUUGAAAGAGCCCAUGAUUGUGUAUGUUGGUACUUUGGAUCUAGUCAAGAAGAGAAGAUCACAUAUCCAAGCUUUCAUUGAGAGCAUGUCUCCCAAGGACAAAGUCAUAAUAUUUGUCAGCCGGAAAGCUGUGGCUGAUCAUUUAUCAAGUGACCUGGGUAUCCGGCGUGUAUCAGUAGAGUCUCUGCAUGGCAAUAGAGAACAGAGUGAUAGAGAGAGAGCAUUAAAAAGCUUUAAAAGAGGUAAAGUGCGAAUACUGAUCGCUACUGAUUUAGCAUCUCGUGGUCUUGAUGUCCAUGAUGUAACGCAUGUCUAUAAUUAUGAUUUUCCCCGAAACAUCGAAGAAUAUGUCCACAGAGUGGGACGUACCGGGAGAGCAGGGAGGACCGGGGUAUCUGUUACCCUUAUCACUAGAAAUGAUUGGAAGAUCGCUGGUGAAUUAAUUAAUAUUCUGGAAAGAGCAAAUCAGCUGCUGGUGUUGCGUCUUCCCUGCAUCUCCCCAGGCCCCGUGCAGCGGCUCACAGACUCUGGUGCGCCGCUGGCCUCCAGAGCGGGCGGGCCUCGCUGGCUGUGCUGCGUGGGCCCAGCUGCUUCGUGGCUGUGCGAGUCCGCUUCCUGA